UAUUAAAGUAAACAAUUAAACAAAACACAACAGUAAAAUUGAAUAAAACCUAGAAAAACCCCAUAGUUUAUUGUGUUUUCCCCAUUACUGCAUUAAAGACAAUGUAAAAUAUGUGGUCCCAUUAUGACGAAGAUUUAUCGCAAAACGACUUUUUCAAGGAAAUUAAGAAGAAUCACCGAGACAUUCUAGAAAAAGCUGCUGAGGAACAUUGGGUGAUUUGUAUACCAAAAAAAGGAAGCCUUAAAAAUGAAGAUAUUCCAAUUACUGUUAUUCUAGACCACAUACUAGUCCAAGCUGAUGGGGAACAAUACAAAACAUUAAGUAAAAAAGAUGUUUUAUUGCAUGGGCACAGUUUAAAAUUAAAUGCAGGCAGCAUAUUUAUUAGUGAUGUAGACAUACUGUUUGAGGAAACUCAUUAUCUGGAUAAAGUUUCUAAAUAUGUAGUUUGGUGUGUCAAUUGGCCGCUGUUUAAACUCCAAACUAGCAGUGAUUUUGACUAUUCAAGAACUAAUGUUUCUUUGCUCUCUAUACAAGACUGCAUAGACUUUUUAUAUGCCGAGGCUUUUGGACAUCACUUGCUUAACAAUAUUCAACAGUUAUGUCUUGAUUUUAAGACUCAAGACUGCUGUUUUGAACUAGAGACCUUACAGACUCAAAAAGAAUAUGUGGGAAAUUUACUGUCCCGGUGCCUUCAACUGUGUUUUAAAAAUGAAACUUUUCAGGAAAAGUGCAACCUUAGUGGUACAUACUUUCACAAUUUUAAGCUCUCUAUUGAAACUUAUAUGCAAUAUUGUCUUGGAAGAAAACUCAUCCAUAGUACAAAUACUGUGAAUCAUAUUUCAGAUUGUUUAUUAAAUAAGAUCAUAAGAAAUUCAUCACAUGUCACUCUAAAUGACUUAAAUAUUUCUAACAGCUUUCAGGAUUUUAUUUCAGAUGCAAAAUACGAAUUGUCCAGGAUUAAUAACUAUGUAACGGUACUGGAUAAGAUUAGCUGCUUAUCCAGGAUUUUUAAUAUUUUUCAUAAUAAAGCCCUAAGGGAACCUGGACAUAAAACAUUAUUUGUUACAUCAGAUGAUUAUUUACAAGUUUUAAUUUACCUUAUUUUAAAUUGUGAUAUUCCUAACUGGUGUGGAAAUUUAACAUUCAUAAAAGAGUUUCAAUUUAUUUCUGUUGGUAAUCCUGAUCAUACUAAUUUUUUAAUUAGCGGUAUUGAGGCGGCUAUAUCAUUCAUUAAGAGCAAUGAGUUUUUGAAAAUUAAAACUGCCUCAUUUGCAUAUAAAACUAAUACAAAAACAGCUUUUCAUAAACUUUAUAAAGAAUUUAGAGAAAGAAAAAACUGCGAUGAACUAGAUGAGCUUUUAAAAAAGCAAAAAUUUAAGGAGAAAAUCAAACUGUGUCAUCCUUUAUGCAGCUGUGCUUCAUGUGAAAAAAUUAGAAAUAACAAUCAUUUGAAUAACGAGGCAAAUAAAUUAUUAAAUGAUAAAGAACAAAGCUUUUUAACAGUAGCCACUUUGGAGAAUAAUAUUGAUUUUGUUCAAUACUUACUUUCCUUAAACUAUGAUAUUAAUCUUAAAGAUAUUAGUGGGAAAACAGCCCUUCAUUAUGCAGCUGAAAACGGAUAUCAAGAUAUUCUAAUGCUCUUAAUAAGUGAUAAAGCUAAUGUAAAUUUAGUUGAUUGUAACAAAAACACUGCUCUACAUUUAGCAUGCGAUAGGGGCCAUGAUAGUUGUGUUAAAGCCUUAAUAUAUUCUUCUCAUUUUGUGGAAAUUAAUUUGCAAAACAGUUUGGGUGAAACUCCAUUAUUUUUAGCCACUAAAUGGGGUUAUUUUGAUAUCAUUAAAAUUUUAUUGGAAAAUGGGGCUGCAGUUUGUUUUAAAAAUAACAGAAACUUAAGCAUAUACAAGUUAUCACCUAAUUACUAUGUAAGUAAACUGUUUGAACAAUUUGGUAAUCAGAAAAGUAAAAAUUUAGCAAAAGAGGUAAUUGAUGACAAAACAAGUGAUAGCACUUCUGAAAAAUGCUAUGAGUUGCCCCUCAGCAGUAAAGAAGGACAUAGGAUGCAGAAUUUUCUUUUUGGUACUCAUGCUAAAAACGCCUCAGAGGAAAAGAGAAUUCAAUUACUUUUAAAAGCUAUUGAGGAUAAUGACAUGCCCUUGACAUCAUUUUACUUAGGGUAUACUGGAAAUUUAGUUGAUAAAGGUGAUGUUUCCACUGACUCUUCUAAUAUUACCACAAAGUGUCAUCCUCUUUGUGCAUGCAAUAAAUGCUGUGCAGGUGAUUUUCUAGAUUCUGAAUCAGUUGACCACACGAGUCACAAAUUGAACGUAAAUGUUUCUAAUGAUGAAGGUUAUACACCUCUUCAUGUAGCUGCAAAAUUUGGUAGAACAGACAUUUUAAGGAUAUUAUUGGAUGGUGGAGCAUAUUUAAAUAUAAGAACCAUUAAAACAUUCCAUACCCCUUUACAUCUAGCCGUAAUGUUUCAAAGAGUUCAAGCAGUUAAAGAGUUACUGAACUGCGGUCAUUGUGAAAUAGAUGCACAAGACCUGAGAGGGAACACCCCGCUUUAUUAUGCUUGCAUUCAAAAUAAUAGUAACCUAAAAAUCUUGGAAUAUUUACUUAAAAAUGGAGCAGAUUGUCAAAAGAAAAAUUUUGAGGAGAAAACUGUUUUGCAAAUUUGUGAAGAGAAAAAUUUAUUUAGGGUUUGUAGACUGCUAAAAGAAAACAUGGAACGCCUUAGCUCAAUAACCAAAGAUUGUUCUUUAAGCCAUAGUUUUAGUACGAUUAGUUUUGAUGAUAUUGACAGUGAUUUUGAAAUUUUGUGAAAAUUUAAGAUUGUGAUAUGAUAGUGAUGCCUUUAUGUACCCAUUUAUUAUGUGCGAUUAUUUGAUGAAAUUGCAUUUAAUAUAUUAUAUUAUAGCAAAAUGUUAUAUAGAUGUGUAGAGAUGCAAUUUUUUUUUAUGCAUAGUACACUGCAGAAUAUAAACUUUUAUAUUUUGCAGUGUAUGCAAUUAUGGAAGAAACAUUAAAUAUUUGUUUUUAUUGCA